AUGUUAUCAUCUCAUCUCAUCUAUCUAUCUAUCUAUCUAUCUAUCUAUCUAUCUAUCUAUCUAUUUCAGCCUUAUCUAUCUAUCUAUCUAAAUGUCUAUUUUAGUUCUUGUCUGUUCUUUAAAUAUCUAUCUAUAUAUUUUUGUCUGUUCAUUAUCUAUCUAUCUAUUUCAGCCUGUUCAUUAUCUAUCUAUCUAUCUAUCUAUCUAUCUAUCUAUCUAUCUAUCUAUCUAUCUAUUUUAGCCUGUUCAUUAACUAUCUAUUUCAGCCUAUUCAUUAUCUAUCUAUCUAUCUGUUCAUUAUCUAUCUAUCUAUCUAUCUAUCUAUCUAUCUAUCUAUCUAUGUUUAUUAUCUACACAUCUUUCUCAAAGGUCGGUGUUCAUUACUCUUCACAAGUUAGGACAUGUCGGACAAAUUUGGACUCACUACCAUCUACUUAUGCCUUUUUUCUAUUCUCAUUCAUCCGCUCAAGUGCAUUAAACAGUUUAGUUUCUGCCUGUCCCUGCUACAGUAAUCGUCAAUAUUUCCUGUGA